AGAAGUUAAAAAUGUCUGCUGCAAUCAUCAGCCUGCUGACCCUCACCCUCAUUUUCCUUUCUCCCUCUGUUUCCAGCCAACAGGUCCCCACAAACUGUGUGAUUAAGAGGGAGCAGGAGAAAUGCUUGGAAAUGAUGGCCUUGGAAUAUCCUAGUCCAGAAUUUGACUGCCCAUGGUUUUGGGACAAUCUGACGUGUUGGCAGCCAGCCAGGAUGGGUGAGGUGGUCGAGGUCAACUGUCCUGAACUCUUCUCUCAGUUCAUGAGUGAAGAAGACUAUGAACUGGGGACGGUGAGUCGUAACUGCACUGAGUUUGGCUGGUCGGAGCCCUUCCCCCACUACAUCGAUGCCUGCCUGUACGAGGAAGGAAAUAGCAGCCACCCGGAUAUGUAUUAUGUGUCAGUGAAGGCUCUGUACACUGUGGGCUACAGCACCUCUCUGGUCUCUCUCACCACAGCCAUGGUCAUCCUGUGCAGAUUCAGGAAGCUGCACUGUACCAGGAACUUCAUCCACAUGAACCUAUUUGUGUCGUUCAUCUUGAGAGCUAUUUCUGUCUUCAUCAAAGACGGUGUGCUGUAUGCCAAAGAGGACAGCGAGCACUGUUUCAUACACACUCUGGAGUGUCGAGCAGUGAUGAUAUUUUUCCACUACUGCGUCCUCUCUAACUACUUCUGGCUCUUCAUCGAAGGUCUGUAUCUCUUCACUUUACUGGUGGAGACUUUCUUCCCUGAAAAGAGAUAUUUCUACUGGUACAUCAUCAUUGGCUGGGGAACCCCGACAGUCUGUGUGACCAUCUGGGCGGUGCUGAGGCUGCACUUUGAUGAUAUAGGGUGCUGGGACAUGAAUGACAAUGCUGCCAUCUGGUGGGUGAUAAAAGGACCUGUGCUGGCUUCAAUUAUGAUCAACUUUGUGCUCUUCAUUGGCAUCAUCAUUAUUCUGGUCCAGAAGUUACAGUCCCCAGAUAUUGGUGGAAAUGAAUCCAGUAUUUAUCUGAGGUUGGCUCGCUCCACUCUGCUGCUGAUUCCUCUGUUCGGGAUCCACUACACUGUGUUCGCCUUCUCCCCCGAGAACGUCAGCAAAAGGGAGCGCCUGGUUUUUGAGCUCGGCCUCGGAUCCUUCCAGGGCUUUGUGGUGGCUGUGCUCUACUGCUUCCUGAACGGAGAGGUGCAAUCGGAGAUCAAGAGGAAAUGGCGCAGCUGGACGGUGAACAGGUACUUUGCUGUGGACCUGAAGCACCGUCAUCCUUCGCUGGCGAGCAGUGGGGUGAACGGGGGCACGCAGCUGUCCAUCCUCAGCAAGAGCAGCUCCCAGAUCCGCAUGUCCAGCCUUCAGGCCGAGACUCCGGCCACCUGAGCACCACUGCUGGGGAUGUCACAUCCGGCAUCGAUAACGCUUCUGGACCUGGUGCCACCAAACCCACAACUCCCACC